AUUUCUUUUCUCUUCUUCCUCUGGGCCCUCUUUUGGUUGGCUUAGAAUGCAAGCGAUAUAAAGUUUUUCUUUUUUAUUAGUUGUAUGUAGCCUUUGUCUCCCUCACUUUUCUUAUGUUUUAUUAGUUGCUUAUAGAGAUCAACUGAUUCCUUGUUUGUACGUGCCUAUCAGUUGUUUUACUGUAUCACACUCAGUUUUUUGAGGUUUAUGUGAUCUCAAAGUUUGGAAUCUCUAGUGGCGUGCUCACCUUUUCGAGCAAUGGUUACCUUUAAAGUUGAGAUCGUCUGACUGCAAAUUCAGGAUUACAAAACAAUAUAUAGUUUGCAGCGGCGGUGGAAUUAAAUUUCUUUCUCUAAUUUUUGCGUAUUGGGUAGCUUACUUAAGAUUUAAUGUACAUUCUUUUUUUUUUUAAAAAAAAAAAAGAACUUGAGAACUACUGGCAGUUUGAUUUUUUGGUUUGCAGAUGUAAGUUCCAGAUUCUUCUUUAAGCUUACAUCUUCUUUUUUUUUGCCAGAAUUAAAACCAGAUUUGUUUGUCUAUAUAGCAAUUAAGUCUCUUUUUAAUUCUCUAGGUGCAUAUUGCAUUUCCCUCUAUUUAGUUACCAAUGGUUGAUAUUCCUACAAAAAUAUGCUGAUACCUUGUUCUUCACUGGACUUGAUUUCUCAUGAUGGCGCUAGCAAUGGAGUUAGAGCUCGAAAAGGGCAGCAAUAUGGAUCAGAGUCCUAAUACUGUUCUUCCAACACUGCAGAAAUGUUCAGAGCUUGAAAAGACAAAUACAAAAGUGAAACCUUUGCGUAAAGAUGAAUUGAGGGUAAAGCAGGGUUUCACAGAGAUAAGCUUUCUUCGUUAUCGGAGUUCCUCUUGCAAGAGCAUUCCAUCUAGAUCUCUUGGGCUUGAAAGUAAUAUAGAGCUGAAGCGAGGUUCCGUUUAUCAAAGCUCUAGAGAGGUGAGCAAAAUGAAAAAGAUGGACUCUAUUGCUGGAAGGAGUAAAAUCGAAUUGUCACGUAGCAGUGACACCUCUUUUUCCUUCAGAAUAGUGAAUUCUUUAUGCAGUUUGGAUGAAGAAAUUGAACAGGAGAGGCCUCAAGUUGUUCCUGUUAAUUCAAAUUUGGAGCCAUCAUCUGUUGGGAAGAGUUCUGUAGAACCAUGUUCAUCUGAUGGGUUCAUUGAGAUAGAUCUUAGGGAUAAAAAAUCAUCUAAAUCUUUAGAUAAAGGUUCCAAUGAAAAUCUGAACUUCACAGGUGAUCAGGCUGCUCAGCAGUUGAAGGUUGGUGGUAAUGAUCUUGUUGACAGAGACACAGUUAUGAUGUUGCACAAAUCACAUUCUGCUAAGCUGGAACUUCCUUCUUUUCCGUCUCCAUCAGUUAGUGCCCAAUACUCCAGGGCAAGUUCUAGGGGUCGACUUACUCCAAUCAAGAAGAUGUUUGAUCCAUUUGUGAAGUCCAAGUCUCUACGAAGUCGUCUGAGCUAUGUAAUAGAAUCAGAUGAGGUAAAAACCACUGGUAAAGAAAAUAGUAGAGAGGUCAGGACAUUUCGGAAGCCUUUGUUGCCUGACUUCUCAGAUAUGGCUCAGAGCUCAGAAGUUGACUCUCAGUGUGAGAAAGCAGAUACCUAUCAUUCUAGUGUUGCGGAUUCACCAGUUCACUUACAUGGCCAUCUCAAGUUGGAAAAGAAACAUGAGAUGCCAUUUUUUGUAUUCUCCUUGGAUUGCCCUGAAGAUGUUUAUGUUGCCCAGACAUGGAAAGCAGAUAAUGCUUUUCAAUGGGUGUACACAUUUCACUCCACUGGGAGUAGAAAGAAGAGCAAUGCUAGUGUCUGGGGAGUGAAUGAUUGUGGCAAAGAAUCUUCAUUGGUGGGUCAGAUGCAAGUUUCAUGUUAUCUAUGGUCAGAACUAAAAGAUGGUGGGGUCUUCGGCAACUCUAUGGUGAAAGAAUUUGUGUUGUAUGAUAUUGCCCAUGCAAAGCAAAGUGUCUCUAGGCAAGAAUACUCAACAUCUUACCAUGAUCAUGUCAAACCUUCCAAGGGUUCCAACCCAAACAUGGUAGGAAGUUAUGAGUCGGAUAACAAGUCAGAUUCAGUUGAACGCAAACAUCAACCAAAUCAUGUUUCUGACGAUUGGGAGUUUGAUGCUUCAAGUGAAUCAAACCCAUGGGCAGCUGCAAAUUUGCAUCCAGACCUUGAAAUUGCAGCAAUUAUUAUACAAGAUCCAUUUGAGAAGAGAGAGAGCUUGAAAUACACACGAGGGGAUAAAAUUUAUGAGAAGACCAAUCUUCUCAACCUCUCUAGUGUUGACCAAAACAAGAAAGGCCUACAUAACGUUGCAAGUCCAGAAAGGCUGAAGGUGAUAGUUCCAACUGGCAACCAUGGUUUGCCAAGUUCUGAAAGCCGAGGUCCUUCCUCAUUACUGGAGAGAUGGAGAUUAGGUGGAGGUUGUGACUGUGGUGGCUGGGACAUGUCCUGCCCUCUUAUUGUCUUUGGGAAUCCUAGUGCUCAAUGCACAGAAGAAAGAUCACUUGUGGAUAAUCACCACCCUUUGGAACUUUUCAUUCAGGGAUCGAAGGAACAUAUGCCAGCAUUAACUAUGAAAUAUGUUGAGGAGGGACAGUAUGCAGUUGAUUUCCAUGCUCAGCUGUCCACAUUACAGGCAUUUUCUAUUUGUGUUGCUGUAUUACAUGAUACUGAAGCCUCUGCUGCUUUUGCACCAGAAAGAACUUUGCAGUUGUCACAAUGCAAUUCACUAAAAGCACUGAUUGAGGAGGAAGUGAAAUUCUUAAUUGAUGCAGUCACCGAGGAGGAGAAGAAAGUCGCAAAGAAAGUGAAAGAAAUCUCACCUUCAUACUUGCUAAACCCUCCAUUUUCUCCAAUUGCAAGAGUUUAGACUCUUAUCAGGCUUCUUCAGCUGAAGCUAAAAUGUCUAAUCGGACUCUCAAAGUGCACUUUAGCGACCACUGGAAUUAAAACUAUGAACCGAAGAAGGAAGCAUUAGCACAGGAAAGUCUUAUCUCAUUUCCUCCUCUACGCCUAAUGGCUAGCGAAGCUUGUUGAAGUUGAAGAGCCUCUGAAAAGAAACGAGGGUUACUUGGAGGUGCAAAAUUCUUUGCUGGCCUAUCUUGUUCUUUCGGUAUGAUUAGAAUUAGAAGUACAUAUAGAGCAAAAACAUGAUACUGUCCAUAUUCUAGCUUUAGAGGGAAAGUAGUGCUCAGAAAUAGAAGCCUUUUUCCUUGUAUUUCUGUAUUAUAAAUAUGGUGGAAAGGGAGGGAAAUAGGAUCCUAGAAAUUGUUACCUAGCUUUGAUAACUUAAAAUUUGUGAGCCACCUAAACAUUUGUUCACCAAAAGUUUUGUAGCUCUAGAAUAGUGAAUAAUGGCCAGCCCCGACUGAUCUUUGUCUUUA